CUGGGUCAAGACCUGCUCAAGCAACCGGGCAUUGACGUCGACCGACAGUUAGAACAGCUCGCCGAGCGUGAGGCUGACGACGGUGAGGACCCAGUGGAUGACGACGACGGUGCACCUGUCUCUAGCUCGCCUCCAACAGAUGCCGACCUCCACCAAGCCGUUGAGCGUCUUGUGCAAAUGGCACUACAACAUGGAUUUCCCAGGCACUUGGAGGAGCAGCUCCGCGCCAUUGCGAUCAAACACGACAUCUGGCGUAUCGAGCUCGGCAAUGACCCUCCGGCUCGUGUCAAACCGCUUAAAAUCCGU